AUGCCUAAUUGUAUGUUUUGUGGGAAGGUCACAUCUACGCAUGAGGGUCUCAAAAGACACAUUGUAGGAUGGCCUGAAUGCCAAAUGGAGUGGACAUCAAUGAUUGAAGAUGUAGAGGCGGAGAAUUUAUACACACCUGAUGUAGACUUCAGCCAUGAAGACAUAGCCCCACGCCAUGGUUUGGGCGAAGGGGAGACCAGAUUUGAGAGACAUAGAAGGGAACAACAGCAAGGUGGUGAAGAUCCAUGGUCUCCCUCUGAGGAUGCGGAAGAGUGGGGUCUAGUGCAGUGGAUUGUCAAAAAUCUGGGACAAACCCGGACUGACAAAUUUCUAAAACUACCAAUAACCCAACAGUGCACAAAGCUAUCGUUUCACAAUAAUCAUUCAUUCUUGCAAAGAGUAGACGAACUUCCACAUGGUCCAGGCUGGAGCUGUCAAAAGGUCACUGUCCAUGGAAAUCAUCAGGACAAGGAUGGGGAGUUGCUGCAAGAAGAAGUUGAGCUAUGGAGUCGAGAUCCUGUGGAAUGCAUGAAGGAGCUCAUUGGAAACCCUGCUUUCAAGGCAGAUAUGGCCUACUCACCUGGCAGAGCAUAUGCUGACCGUGCAGGUCAACAUAGAGUUAUUGACGAGAUGUGGACAGCAGACUGGUGGGGCGAGAAACAGAAAGCAUUGCCUGAAGGAGCGACUAUAGCUCUGAUUAUUUUAUCAUCAGACAAAAUGACCUUGUCACAGUUCCAAGGUGAUAAGACUGCAUGGCCAGUGUAUAUGUCUAUUGGAAACAUUGUGAAAGCUAAAAGGCAUCAGGCUUUGGCACAUGUGACUGUGCUUAUCGGUCACUUACCUGUGGGGAAGCUCAACUGCUUCACUCCUGAGGAACAUUCCCUGGCUGAAUACCGACUCUUCCAUCAUUGCAUGGGCCUGCUCCUCCAUCCUCUGAUUGCUGCUGGCAAUGAUGGUGUGGACAUGGUGUGCGCCAACUCAUGGAUACAUCGCAUCUACCCAAUUCUGGCGGCAUAUGUUGCCAAUUUCCCAGAACAGUGUUUGGUGGCCUGUUGUAAGGAAAAUUGGUGUCCAAAGUGGGAUGCACUGCACUCAGAGAUGUGUGAUCCUAAGACCAUGAAGGAUAUAUUGCAAAGCAUUUACAAGCCUUUCUGGGCCAAUAUGCCCCAUGCCAACAUCUUCCUAGCAUUCACUCCAGAUCUUCUGCACCAAGUUCAUAAAGGUGUAUUCAAGGAUCACCUGGUGAGGUGGUGUCAGCAAAUAAUUGGAGAGGAUGAAAUGGACACACAAUUCAAGGCAAUGGCAGAUUACCCAGGGCUCCAUCACUUCAAGACAGGAAUAUCGACUGUCAAGCAAUGGACUGGAAGUGAACAUAAACAAAUGCAAGCAGUUCCCAGGUAUACAGCACUAUCAGUAUUUCAUGCUCAUAAGGAUGUCCUCAAGGAACUGUCUAUUUGUGAACAUUUCAACAUCCCAACGAUCCACCAACUCACUCAUUACGUCCAGUCAAUAACAUUGUUUGGUGCAAUUGAUGGUUUUAAUACAGAACUUCCUGAGCGCUUGCAUAUAGACUUUGCCAAGGACACUUACCGUGCCACCAAUAAACAUGAUUAUGAAGAGCAAAUGGUCUUGUGGCUUCAGCGCCAGGAAGCCGUCUUUUUGCAGGGAGCAUAUCUGGAUUGGCUGGCACAAGUGCCUCUCUCACAUGGCUGGACCCAGGAUGAUUCAAACACAUAUGACUCAGACUUGGAUUCAGACUUGGAUUCACAUGAAACUCCCCCUUACGACUCAGACUCAGAUUUGGACUUGGACUCACAUGAAACAGAGCAAAUGAUGCAUGUCCUUGCAAAGGCUCCAGUGCAUCCACACCGAUCGGUUCAAGAGAUUGUAACAUCACAUGGUGCUACUGACUUUUUGACAGCUCUCCAAUGUUUCAUACAGAAGAAUAUCCCUGGCUGUACUGUCAUACCAGGGGUGCAGGACCAUUUUGAUGUUUAUCGGCAAGUCAUCAUUGUAAUGCCAGCUGACCUGCACAUUAGAGCCACACCUGAGAGAUUGUCAUCAGGCUGUAAGCCUGGUUGUCCGGCUUGGUUUGAUAUGGUGUUGAUAUUUGAUGGUUUUUGGGAGUUGUGUCAAGGGUGGUGUUUAAUAGUAGCUGUUGCAGGUCUGAGAGUGGCCCAAGUUCAUGCUAUAUUCACUCUCCCUUGUCAGUUCAGCACAUACACCAGAACCCUCGCAUACAUUGAGUGGUUCACACCUUUCAGGACACCUGACCCUUCUUCUGGAAUGCGACUAGUGUUGUGCUCGACCUGCCAUUGUUGCUGCAAUGCUGCUGUCAUUCAUGUUGACAACAUUGUUAGGCCAUGUCAUUUAAUACCAAAGAUGGGACCAUCAGUUGAGCUAAGGUUGAGGAGUGGAAAUGCAUACAAGGCCACAAAUGAUUUUUAUUUUAAUGAGUUCAUUGACAGUGAGAUGUUUUGUGCUUCUGUGGAUACUAAUUAG